CAUUCUAGUUGUCAAUUGCUUUGUUGUUGUUUUGAGUUCGUUUCGCAUUUGACAAUAGCUGCAUGAGGAAUCCCUCCCCAUCUUCUGUAUGGGAUCUAUGACCAGUGAGUAAUCGACCAAAGGUGAGCAAGGCAAGAAAGUAAAUAAAACGCUAACCGUGCCCGAUUCGGUGUGUGCAAUUUUCCACCGUACGGUGCACUCGAUGUGACGCAUUCAAUUGGACCACUCUCAGCGCCGCUUGCAUCCGUACCCGUUGCGCAAUUGCUCGCACGCACGGAUACAGAAUGUCCCAGAAGCAAUCGCAUCCGGUGGAGAUGGGACCGAUCGAGCCGCACCAGCGGCUACAGAAGCUGAUUGCCGACAGUCAGCGUGUUUCGAUCGAUCCGACCAUGCCGAUCAAUCGGUACUAUCGGUCCGGGAAUCAGAUCGUCGAAACGGCGGACCGUUCGCUGCGGGAAGGGAACCUGGAGAAAGCGUUCACCUUCUAUCUGCGGUUCGUGACCAUCUUUGUCGAGCUGAUACUGGACCAUCCGGGGUAUAAAUCGGUUCCGCCAGCGGACAAGCAGCAGACGAAGGAAAAGAUCAAGAAGAUACUGCCGCGGGCGGAAGAGAUACGCAAGAAGCUGCUGGAGAAGUACACGACCGAGUAUAAGCUGUACCUGCAGCAGUUGAAGCUGCAGGCAGAACAAGAGGAAAGAGAGAAUGAAGCACGGAAGCAGUCGGAAGCGGCGGCGGCAGCAGCGGUAGCAGCAGCAUCGAAGGCAUCCGUUCAACAGCCCACCACCUCCACCGGUACGGCGGGUCCGUACGCACCUAGUGCACCGAGCCACGUGGCAGUUAUCUCCGACAGUGAUGCGAAGCUGAUCGAUCAGGUACUUUAUCCGAGCGACUUUUUGACGGAUCGCAGCCAGGCAACGGGACUUCCCGGGACGGGCCUGUUGCUUGCCGGGGACGAUAAGCAAAAGUUCGAUCGUUCGCUGAAACCGAUCUUACCGGCCGCACCGGCACCGAUGACCGGGUUCCGAUCGAUCGUAGUACCGACCGAUACGAUGCAAAAGUUUCUCGAGCUGGCCGCCGCCAACACUGGUGCAAAUCUGGAAACGUGUGCGAUACUGGCGGGCAGCUUGGUGCAGACCAGGUUCACCAUUACCCAUGUGAUAUUUCCAAAGCAGAGCGGUACCUCGGAUAGCUGCAAUACGAUGAACGAGGAGGAGAUUGCGGUCGUACAGGACCGGCACAAUCUCAUUACGCUUGGGUGGAUACAUACACACCCCUCACAGACGGCGUUUCUUUCGUCGGUAGAUUUACACACACACUGCUCUUAUCAGCUAAUGCUGGAAGAAGCGAUUGCGAUCGUCUGCUCACCAAAGUAUCGAGAAACUGGCUUUUUUAAUCUCACACCGUACGGGAUGGAUUCCAUAUCGCAAUGUCGACAAACCGGGUUCCAUCCGCAUCCUGCUGGUCAACCUUUAUUUACCGAAGCGCAACACAUCAUACUUAGCGACACGGUUGCGGCUAAAGUAAUUGACUUGCGAUAAAUAAGUGUACUUAUGCUUUACCUUACAUAGGUAGAAGAGGUUUGCAGCUAUGCACAACGGAAGGACGUGAGUGGACGUUCCCAGAUCGCCUAAAUCAUAAAAAUCACCUGCUGCUGCUGUGUGUGUGUGCAAAUGUGUAUGUGUGUAUAACGCUUAUAUUUGUAUCACUUUUGAUAAUCGAUCGUUUCUCCCUAUUCUCGCACAAACUUCACAAUGUGUAACACGCAAAGUUUGUGUAAAGGAUGCGCUCGUCUAGUGAACAUACUGCCGUUUCGCACGUUUCGCCUACGUAAGAUGCAAAGAACAAAAAAAAAACAAAUUAUAAGAAAAAUGUUCAACUCACCGAACGAUAGAAUGUAAAAUGCGUCUGCUUUAACACUGCUAAAUUAUUUGCAACGGCAUCAGACACAAAUCAAUAGCGUGAUUAGGUGGAGACGGUUCCACACACUAUAAGAAGGCGUGGGAGAAAAUGCCAGCUGUAGGGGUUUUGAGUCAUUUCCCUGUAAGCGCUGUAAAGCAUAGCCACAGACACACCGAACCACGGACAUCACCAGCCGCGCACGUGACAACCGUGUCCGCAAGUAUUUUGUCGCAAUGAUAAGAUGGAAAGUAAAAUGCGCGUGUUAGGUUUAGGAAAAUUGCGUUUAAAAAAAAAGAAUAAAUAUAUACGUGUAUACAUGGUA